AGGGUGUUGGUGUUGUGUUGUCUAGCUCUGUGGUCACCAUGGAGGUAGUUAUGACCUUCUUGACAGUGAAUGACUGGCAUCCAGCAAUAUACAUCAGAUGAAAUGGUGUCAUUCAAAGGCUAUGUAUGGUGCAUGAUCCUCAGAUGUAGUGUUGAGUGUUAAUUGACAAAAAAAAAAAAAAAAAAAAAGGGAAAGCACUGCACCAUUAAGUGUUAUGAAGUAAUGGUGUCACGUCUGGCACAGCACACCAGUAACAUGAAGCCAUGGCUGCCGCACUCUCCCGAAGCUGGUCCUUCUUCAGCGGCAACCAAAAGAUCCCAAGUAAGGACUACCUCAGCCAAGACUACCAGCCGGGCACACCAAGCAGCCGCGUCAACCUGCAGGAGAGGUUCCGAGGAGGGAGCGGUGAUGGUAAGGGGUGGCGCACUGGGCCCCUCCCGCCCAUCCCAGCGCCCACGCCUACACACACCCAGGGGAGUGAAUCAGUGCAGCAUACUGAACCAACACAUCCCACUGAGAACCAACAACCACCACUGGCUCCUCAUGACCAACACAGCUGUCCUGACCAGAAGGAGAACCAGGAGAAUGCAGAACCUUCACACCCUCAAUUCCAGUGGGAUCAUGUGGCUUCCUGUGGUGCCAAGCCAGGCCACCAGCCCAACCCUUCAGGUGCCCGCUACCCCACCAGGUCCCUUCGUAAGCUGCCCUCAGGAGUGGCACCUUUGUGGAACAACCUGCAGGGCAAUGUAAAGCAACUCAAGCCCCAGACCAGUAAGAUUUUACAUGAGGGAGGCAAGAAAAUGAACAAGGCCCUGCAGGGUGUCAGGACCUCACUCUCCUCAUUGUCACAGAUGUUCCGAAGUUCCACCCGCCGUAGAUACAAGCUGGACGGAGGCACCCCAACACGCACCCCCCGCAGGACUCCACGACGUACUCCCGGCAAGCUGUACUCUCCCUUCAAUAUGAGCACCCCGCCAACCCCCUUCAGCCACAAGAUAGCCAAGAGACUCCAGAAUGGACAAAAUGGAGUCCCAAAAAGAAACUUACAUGGGAAUGAGAACCCUGGGCUACUGCGCACACCCCAGCACCACAUCCAGUGGGCCCAAUAUAGCUCCCCCUCCAAGUCCCUGCAGCGAGACACAGUGGCUAUGAGCCACGGCCUGAGGGAGUUGGAGCAAAUCACCAGUGGCAUUCUUCAAAGUGGGAGGGGAAGGUGGACACAGUUCCGCUGAGUGUGUCUGCUCAUGGUAGCUUGAGGCAUCUUGCUUUUCUGUCAUUGAGAUAUCUUCCUUUUUCUGUCAUCUUUAUUAUAUUUUUUUAGUAUUUAGGUUUGAUGUUAUUUUGAUAUUAUGUUGCAGUAUACAUUCUAAAAUAACAACCCAGAAGCACAUUAGAUUGAGGGGUGAAUCUGAAUGCCUUCCUGUUUGUUGCUGUAAGCAAGCAUGAAGAGAAAAUCUCAAACUUAGGAUCUGUGUAAUGAAUUUAUUAUUUAUCUAAGCAUACAUAUUUUAUUACCAAUGAUACAGUUAGAUCUCAAACAUAGAAAUCUCCACCCAACCAAACAUUAAACAGCAAUUGUUGUUACAUAACUACAACGUAGAUCUGUUGUAUUGAUUUGUUGCCAUCACAUUUGUCAUAGUAGGUACUUUUCCAUUCAUCUUUUGAUGUGGUCUGCCACUAUCCUCUAUUGAUUAAAUGACAAUACUACUGAUAUAUUGAUGCUUUAGGUAAAUUUAUUAUAUGGAGUUUUGCACUUGUGUGCAUGCCAAGACUCCUUUGUUUUAGUAUUAUUUAGUUGUGCUCGUUGAGACUGUCUUCCUUGAUCAGAUCACAUGCAUUUUUAGAUCAUGUGAGGAACAGUAUGUGAAGUUUGCUCAAGCUCACUAACUGACCCAGCACCACUCAACCCUGUUGUUGUGGUGCUUUAAAAAAUAAUUCAUUUGUCCACUACCUGAUUUCAAUAUUUUCAUCUCAUUUCCUCAUACAAAUCUUAAUCUAAAGUCAUUCAUUGUCUAGUCCUUAUGUCUUACUUUUGUAGAGAUGACCAUGACAAAAUUGUAUCCUUUUUUAUGUAAGAUUUUUAAAAAUCCUCCACUUUGUUUUCUCUUUGUUACCAUUUGCGAGUUCCUUUAUAUUACCUUUAUUUACUUUAUUGUACCUUUUACUUUUACUUUUGUUACCAUUUGCUUGUACCUUUACCUGACAUUUAUGUACCUGUUCAGUCCAAAACAAGAGUCCCUCAGUAACUUAAAAAUUUCCAAGCACCUACUUAAUUUGGUUAGAAAUAUGAUAACCUAUUACUGCCACUGCCAAAGGUAAACUUAUAAUGAAGAUUAUAAAUUAAGUACUGCAGACCCUUGCCUUAUACAUGGGUUCUCAAUUCUGUCAUGCAUGUUGAGCUCUCAUGGCUGGUGAAGUUCCUCUGAUGCUAAAUAAUGUUCUGAUAAACCUGUCAUCUGUCAACACUAUUGCAAGUUGAACCAUUACAAUCAGGUAAAGAUGACUCAUGCAAUUCCAAAUCAUUGUCACGUCAGACUCAUUUUUGUAUAUCUUGCCUAUUUGUGUAGUUGCAGAUUUCCUGUUAUGAUUUUUGUGUUUGGCAAGGGUUGACUGUACAAGCUGCAUUCCAUUACAAAAAGUAUAUUCCUUAAAACUGGAUUACUGUUGAUAAUUUGAUGGUAUUUCACUUUCAGCAUUCAAAAAUUAUUCUUCAGUUUUAUCUUUUGUCAUGUAUAAAUAUUUGUCUUGUAUUGAGAGGUUGAAAAUAUGUGAAAAAAGUGACUGAUACUUUUUUUCAUAUAUUUUCCAGUGAUUUUAAAAGAGGGAUCCUGUGAUAGCAACAUCUUGACACACCUAUGGAGUGUAUCAUUCCUUAUUCUUCCCUUAUGAUGGAGGCUUAGUUAGUGUAAUGGAUUCCUGGGCAGCUUUAAUAUAAUGUUCCUAGAAUCAAAUUAUAUAAUGUGCCAAGUCCCUGACAGUAAUGGAGUAUGACUAGAACGCACAAAACUUAACUAUAAACUGUAAAUCUUA